AUGUUAGACAUCAAUUGUUUCGCGAAGAGAGAGGCAACAAUCCAGAGAAAAUACGCGAGUCAAUUUGAGCUUGAUAAUUUACGUAGAGAGUUUAAUAAGCAGAACAAAAGAGUCGCGCAGCUUAAAAUCGCGAAAGAAGAUGCAACGGAAGCAAUUAAAGAUACUGAAGAGACGAAAAAAUUGAUAGCUGAUAAGGAAAAAGAGGUGCAAGAGGCUAAAGAUGCGCUGUAUUCUAGAUUGUCAACUAUUGGUAAUCUCGUGCGUGAUUCAGUGCCGUUUGACAAUAACGAGGAUAAUAAUGCUGUGAUUCGGGCGUGGGGGGAGAAGCGAGUGGAGAAGAAGUUGAGGAAUCAUGUUGACCUUGUUGAACUUCUGGGAAUUGCGGACUUGAAGAAAGGUGCUGAUGUAGCGGGAGGUAGAGGCUUCUACCUCAAAGUUGAUGGUGUCCGACUUAAUCAAGCAUUGAUCAACUUUGGCCUGGAAUUCUUGGAGAAAAGAGGGUACACGGCCUUGCAGACACCCUUUUUUAUGAGAAAAGAUGCCAUGGCAAAGUGUGCCCAGUUAGCACAAUUUGAUGAAGAGCUUUACAAGGAGGGUCUCACUUCCAACCAUUUUCUUGGAACAUUCGAAUGGAAGUUGCACUUAAUUGGUGCUGCAAAGGGGCUUGCCACUUCAUGCUCGGAAGUCAGAAUCGGAAGUCAGAAUCACGAAAUACGCAUUAAUUUAGAUAUUGAUUGCACGACUCUUGGAAGUCAGAACACGUAA